GGCACUGUGAGCAGAACCAGCGGUGUCGUUUGACUUAGCAAACGAGGAUCGGAUGUCGUCGACCUUCUUUUCAAAAUGGUUGACGAAGUCAUCCGCAGAGAGGGAGGGGGAGGAGGAUUCAGGAGGGAGGAGAAGGUGGCAAAGAGCUUCCUAGGGUUAGAGGCAGAUGCUUGGAUCUGUUGCUUCUCUUCCCUAACAGUUGAAACUCAACUCAAAUAUUGAAAAACAACCUAGCUUGUGAACAACACAAGGUAAAUAGCCAAGAAUAACAAGGACAGAGUCUCACUUCAGUAGACUUUAGUUUCAAGUAAAUUAGACCUGGUAGAUUAUAUAUCUUUUUUUAUCUACCUGCUGGACCAAAAAGUUAAUUUUAGGCCCUGGUCUGAACAUAUGGGUUUCAUGUUACCCCAGAGUUUGUGUGUGUGUGUUUGCUUCUGGAAUGUGUAUGUCAAAGGGCCAUGUGGAACCAGUGUGUUUGGGAGCCCAGCUAAGUGGCGAUAACCAGGCUUUCCAGUCGUGGCCUCGUUUUGAUAGAAAGAUUGUGAGGUUGGCGUGGAGCCACUGCAUACUGGCAGAGCAGGGGGGCAGAUUUGAGCCCAACUGAGAGGGCAGCAGUGUUUAUGACCGCAUACCAGCCUAGCGGCUAAGCUAGGGAGACUGAGGGUGUUAAAUUGUGAUGGGGUUAUUACUACCAUUCGUGGUCGCAGUGUGUGUGACGAGGGGAAUAGAAAAAUUAACAAAGGUUGAGCCUCUUCCCAGCGCUGCCGUUCUCAGAGUUAUAGAUUUCAAGUUUGGGUUCCGCUCAACACUAUGAAGGCACCACGCGGGAUAUCCAUGAGCUCCGAUUUCCAGCACUACAGUUUCAGGAUGCCUAAUAUCGGGUUUCAGAACCUUCCUCUCAACAUCUACAUUGUGGUGUUUGGGACCGCCAUCUUUGUCUUCAUCCUCAGCCUUCUCUUCUGUUGCUACUUGAUAAGGUUAAGGCACCAGGCGCACAAGGAGCUGUAUGCAUACAAACAAGUUAUACAGAAGGAAAAGGUCAAAGAGCUAAAUUUGCAUGAGAUAUGUGCGGUGUGCUUGGAGGAGUUCAAACAGAAAGACGAGCUGGGGAUUUGCCCGUGCAAACACGCCUUUCACAGGAAGUGCCUCAUUAAGUGGCUGGAGGUGAGGAAGGUGUGCCCGCUGUGCAACAUGCCCGUCCUGCAGCUUGCCCAGCAGGCGGGCAACACCAUCGACGUUACCGUCACUGUGCCCAUACAGCAGCCCCUGCCAGGCAUGGAAAACCUGGUGUAGCGCAGACUGCAGUGCGCACACACACACACCUGUACACAUAUACCUCGAUCACACCGGCAGCGUCAUUGCAUUUUUGGUACACCAGAAGUACAUUCAUUUCCAAUGGAACGCUGUGUUUGCCUCGCAUCAUCGGACGUAUGCAUCAAAUUCUUUGCGUAGACAGCUUGACGGAAAUGGUAGAAGAAGGUGAAUGUUGAACUUUUGUUGCACACAUAUCCAGAUGAUGCCGCGUACCAUUUUGCGCCAUGCCGCUGCAGGUGUGAUCGAGGCGUUUAUAUGUGAUUUAAAAAGACAGGGCAGACAUUGGAGAAACGCAACAGUUUUCCGAUGCGGACAGAGACUCACGGUGACGAGGAAGUGAAUCUGCUGCGUCUCCUCUCAUCUCUCUGCCUCGGUGGAUUCCCGUAAGGGUUUUUUAUAAUAACGGUUCUUUACUGACCAUCUCUUUUUUUUCUCUUUUCCUUUUGGACACAGCCGUGGUCACUAUUCUGACCGUUUCACAACCAAAGCACUUUUCUGGGGACACCAGCGCGUGACGAGCAAGAGGCACGAAAACCAACAACUACAACACGUUGAAAUGAAAAUGGCGUCAUCGUUUAGGUUUUUUUUUAACGACUAAACCUUAGUAUUUUUUUUCUUUUUCUACAAGCACUUUAAAAAUUGAAUGCUUGUGAGGAGGUUGUAGUAGCAACAAGGUUAUAUUUUAUUAUUUCAAUUAACUUUUUUUGUGUGUACAUACAGAGCCACGUAAUGAAUUUUUUUUUGUUGAGUGGAUACUUUUUUGGCGGGGAGGGAGCAUAAUAUCUUAAAGGGACAGUAGCCUCCAAAUGAAAUAACGUCAAGAUACUCGUGGGAAGCUCAAGGAACCGUGGAAUCCGUGGCCUGAUCCACCCUCUCUCACACACACAAAAGUGGAUAUUGGAGGGGAAUGUAUGUAUGUGAAGGGAGGAUCACCCCAACCUCAGUACUUGGUGUCUAAACAACUUAAUGUGAAUUAAGAGAGGAUGGGUGUGAAUGUGGAGUUGUGACCCGAAUGUGAUUCAGCGGUGUGCAUCGGACUCUGCGUCCCCUCUUGCCUAUGAAGGUUGUACAGUUUGUUACUCACUGCACACGUCAGUGUCGGCGUUCCCAAAUGGCACCCUAUUCUCUAAAAAGUGCACUAUUUAGGGAAUAGGGUGCCAUUUGGGACACCGCCUGUGUGUGUGUGUUACAAAAAGGCUAUGUGGCCACUGUCACGGUCUGCAUCUGUAAUUUCAGAAAUAGCCAAUAGUUACUAUUCUGUUGGGGGGGGGGGGGAUGUGAACUAAUUGUUAAAACGCAACAAUGCCGAGUUCGUAUUCUCAUUGAAAUAUUUUUCACAAUGGGGUUUUAUGAGGGUCAAAUCAAAUUAAAAUAGUAGUAUUCUCUAGUGUAAACAUAGAGCCCCCUGUGUGUGUGUCCCCCCACACACACACAGACCCGACACAAACUGUUGAGGGGUCCUGGCCUCUGUCACUUCCUGUGGACUGGCGAUCAGGAAGUAAGAGAAACCCAACACCCAGAGCCCAUGGCACCCCUAGAGCCAACAUCCAAUCAGAUGCCUCCGGUACUGUUACAUAAGAGAAGACUGAGCCCCUCCCGAGCCCACAGUGCUCCCAAAGCAUUACUCAUUCAGCUUGUGGCAACAGAGCGCUAUGAAAACGUAUAGCUGGAAGAUUCCUCUUUUGGUUUUAUUACAGUUAAAAAUACAUCCCUCUCUUGCCGUCCUCAGGUUUGAGUUUGAAUGAGGUUUAGCCUGAUUGAAGUCUAAAACAAAUAGCCCAAUCUACAUACUACAUAGUCAACAAGAGUACUUCAUAUAAUGCCAAGAUGAUUAUAUUCCAUAUUGUCUCCGAUGUGAUCAUGUCUAGAAUCAUAUAUUCUAUACGCUAAUCUUUACGAAACCUAGAACAAACACUGGUCCACUGAGGCAGUGGUUCUUAAAUUUUUCCAGCUCGAGAACCAAAUGUAGAAAUUGACUAUCCUCCCCUGAACCAAAAGGUCCUCCAACAACCCAAACGAAGAAUAAAUAGUGCGUGAUUAUAGAUCUUUUCCCACAACCCACCUCUGACCUGCCCAGGGCCCCAACCCAUACAGUCGUUUAAGAAACCCGGAACUAAGGCAUUGUUGCAUUUUGACUGCUAUACAUAAAUGUAUAAAACCAGACAAAUUUGCUCAAUUCAUUUUAUUUCCAUUUUGUUUUUAUCCAAACAAUGAUGGUAGUGAACACUACAGGGUGACAUAGCACUGCCUUGGCGCGUGAAAGGCUUGUUGAAAUCGAUCAAGUUGUGACGCUACGCAAACUAAGCAACAAACCUUCUCUUGUUUGCGAGCCGUUACCGAUGUAGCAUUACAUAUGGCAGAAAAACGCAUGGUCUUUUACUCAGCACUGAAAGAGCAGGACCACCCGCGCUUUCACUUCCUUCUCAAUUCAGUCAACGACUCUAAGCUGCUUCUGGGAUUAGUAAUUACUUAACGCUAUUUAGCUUUAGCUUAGCGUUGAGCUAAUUAGGCUAUGGGGGAUAUAGGCUAAUUAUCUAGUUCAAAUUCUGGCAGCACUCAGCAUAUCGGUCAACACACAUACGUACGUAUCCAGUAGAUGUCAUUGAGCUGGUAUAGGCCCUGGUUAGCAGUCGGAGAGAACAGCAGGCUCAUUCUAGCUCUUUCCCCAAUCGCUCUCUCCACACUGGUAUAUAUAUGCACACACUAACCCCUCUACCCUCGUGCUUUGUGGCAUCACUGAAGUAAAAGUGCUGUGUGAUAGUUUGGAACAGAGGGGAAACAGUGUCCCAUAGGUCAUGGGUCAGCUUGUGGCAAAGGUCACAGACUAGAUCUAGGUGAUUGGUCAAAAUAAUGGCGUUAAAUGCAACUUUAUUUAUAAGAAAGCCUGGGCUGUUCUAACAGGGUUGAUUCGGUUCUUCCCUCUUAAGUGUUUGUGCUUUUUCAGUGCUGAGCAUCAGGCCCAGCUCUAGAACCACUGCGCUUGUGUCUCCUAAAAAUAGAAUGGUAUUCUUAGAAUUCUAGGUGUUACGAACACCAAGUCGUUAACGAAAUGUACUGUGUCCACUGGCUUUACCUUCGUACAACAACAGAGGGGAAUGUUAGCCUACUGUAGCUAGUAGGUGAAAAGAAUAGUGGGACAUUAUUUCUUGCCAAUAUCAGAAACAAUGUCUCCCUCCCGCCCCCGCCCAAUAAUAUCUAUUGUAUUUGAGGGAGGAGGAUGACAAUUGUGACUAUUGUAAUUUGUUUUUAAACUUGUGCUUUACUUACGAUGUGUGUUCAUUUUGGCUAUUUGUUUGAUGAGACACCAGUCUGUGGUUGAAUGUGGAAUGAGAAAAACCAUAACCUUUUUAUUGAAGGCGCCCGGCGUUGCUUGUAUGUGCGGGUUGCUUCGGUACCCGUUUGCCUCUUCUUGGUUCUUCUUUGUGGCUACACACAAAAAAUUAGCUACACAGGAACCAAUGGAGGUGUCACCCUUUCUGUAUAUAACUCACCUCUUUGUACAAAGAGACUUCAACUCUGAUAUUAAUCUCAGAACUCCAAAGUUUGACCGGUCCGAAGUUUAUUUUUUGACAACUAGCCCCACCACUUUCUUAUUCCCUUAAGACUCCUAUAUUGUAACAGAUAGCCAAGAAGAACACAGCAAGUCUUGACGCUUCAUCCUCUGCUAUGUGUGGUUGUCUCUGAAUUGACGGUUUAGAGGGAGUUUUAACGAUAGGACCGGGUGGGGAGGAGAUCGAUAAUGUGAAAGCAUCCGAUGAAAUGGCGGCUUGCACAUGCAACCGAUUUCACCAUUUUGUAAUUGUACAUAGAGAGUAGUAGUGUUGGUAGGAAGACAUACUGCAUAAACACUUUUUACUGUGAGGGGGUGUGCAUUGUGCACCUGUUAGGUUCUAAUUCUGAGUUUUUAAAAAAAACUGACAUUAUGAAAGCUUAACCAAGUUUAUUCUUCCCAGAGGAUCAAUACAGCUGUGUUCAGACAAAUACAUGCUUUCACCAACACAAGUAUAUAUACUCGAAUUUAGGCACUCCUUCUCUCCAAUCCUUACAUCUUUUAUGGUUCGACAGGAAGACGAAGUGAUAGGGUAAUAAAUCAUAAUUUCUCCCUUAAGAGGAUCUGACCUGACCUCAACCCCCUUGAUGCCUAAAUCCAAAGAUCUUCACCUGUGACUUCCUCCCAUCCACCCAGCACAUUCCAAAGCCACCUGGCUCCUUCACUUCUGAUGUAAAACCCAGUCUCUAGGAUAGCAAUGUUCCAAGUUUAACCCAGAAUCCAACAACGAACAGUUGAGGAUAAUUCUUCCAUCGAAAACACUGCAUCUGAGCACUUUAAACUGCCAUUUGCCCAUCUGAGAAUUGCAACAAUUCCAGACAUUUUGUAAUGCUUUCUUUCAAAUGAGAGUUGAAGGUCAGAAGAGAACUCUUAUCUAUUAUACCCCAUCAUUUCUUCCUGUGUAACUCCCUAAUCCUUCCCCCACGCUUCUCGGACCAGACUACAUGGUUCUAGGUUCUCUCCGAGUCCUGGAAAGCAUGUAGCCACAGUCAAGUGCCACAACAGCAGGCAGUUAGAGGCCCUUCUGCGAGAGGAAGGAAUCAUGUGUAUAUUCAUAGUGAAUAAUCACCUAUCGUCUACUAAGGUACCAGGCCAAAUCUAUUUGAAAAACAUUGCGAGUUUGGACGGUUGAUGAAUUUAGUGAUGACUCACCCCACCAUAACCUCCAUUGAUGUCAGCACUGUUCCAGAGAACGCCAGGCUAUUGGGCUGUAAAUAUUGAAGGACUACGAUGUACUUGCUUCAAUAUCAUGAAUUACUGAGAGGAGAGUGAGGCUCUUUGUCACGACAGCAACCAAAAUGCGUAAUAACGGGCCCCUUAUCGUGUAUCCUUUCUAUAAGGUGCUUUUAUCUCAGAAAGUAUACCCAGAGACGGAGAAAGUGGGACAUCCCACUCCUUAAUUUGUGUUUCAAUGGAAGCCAAUGAACUAAGUAGACCAGACUAAGCUGCGAUCACAUUGGUCUCUAUAGUAGAGCCACUCCCUUAAGUAUAACUUUUUUUAAUGGUAAAUGGCCUGAGUGAACCAUUUAAAAAAAUUAUAAUAAUAACAUCUUUGGUAUACCUGGCUGUUGGCAGCCAUUUUGUGUGCCAGACCUCAAGGUCAACGCUGUGUAAUUGGUCACUUGGGUCUCCAUAACACGUGUCACUGCCUCACUGAAAACUCUCAAUGUUGUGUAUGGUGUCUAUUUAUUCAAUGUAUAGCUCUUGUAGUGCACCCCCCCCCCCCCCCCCCCCCCCCCCCCCCUUCUCUCCCUUCCUCAAGUACAUCCCCCGUCUCACCCCUAACCCACUUUAUCCCAACCUCCCACUAUGUCCAAUAGCCACCACAUUCUUCAAUGGGUCAACCUACCCCACCCUGUGAUAACCUCUCCCACCCAUCUUACCCCAACCUCCCGCUUCAUCCACUAGCCCACACUUUCUUCCCUUGAUUGGUGAACCUACCCCCCAUGGGCCUACCCAUCCUACCCUGAGAAAUAUAACAUUGUUUAUAAAAUUAAGAAUUCUGCAGCAGAAUAUUUUUGGAGAAAUUUGCUGUACAGUAUUUGUAAGCUCUAUUUUUGUAUAUUUAAUUGCCAUUUGAGGAAAAAAAUUAUGAAUGCAUUUCUUUUGCUAAUUCUGUUUUAUUCAUUUAAAAAAAAUAGUUGCAUGUGACUGACUUGAACUGUAAAUAAAAUUACCACGUUUUGGAAAUAA